AUGUUUUUUCCUUCUUUAUUCACUUUUUCUCUAUGUUCGUCACUGAUACAUUCCUUACUCCCUUCUCUCUGGUCUACUUAUAAUUCUUUGUUUUAUGCUUCCUCAUUCUUUCUGUCUUUUUCUCUGUCAUUCUUUAUAUCUCUUCCUCUUUCCUCUUUUUUCUCUUCCCUCCGUUUCUAUUGCUUUCAUUGUAUAUGGUCCCGUCUCUUUCUCUCUCAUUCUUUCUCUAUUUUUCUCUCUCAUUUUUUCUCUCUUCCUCUCACAUUAGUUAUAUCUCUUUCUCUCCCUCCCUUUCCUGCACUUUCUCUCACUUUCCUUCUCUAUUUCAUUCGUUCUUUUGAUCGAUUCUCUCCCUCUAUCAUUAUAUCUAUUUUUUUCUCUCUCAUCCUUUCUUUCUUUUCCUCUCUCAUUACCUUUGUCCUUUCUUCUCGUUCUUUUCGCCCAUUUCUCUCUAUAUAUUUCUGUUUCUGCCCAUCAUAUUCUUCCUGUCUGUCUUUUUCACACAUUUUUCCUCCUUCAUCCCCUUGUUAUCGUCUACUUAUAAUUCAUUGUCUUAUUCUUCCUCAUACUUUCUGUCUCAUCCUCUCUCUCAUUCGUUUUCCCCUUCCGUCAGUUCUUUCGCUCUCUCCCUCAUAUAUUCUCUCUAUCCUGUCUCACACUUUCUCGUUCCUUCUCUCUAGACAUCUUUUAUUUCCUUCUGUCUGUUCCACUCUCUCUCAUUCCCUGUUUUGUCUUUAUCGUUCUUUCUAUCAUUUUUCUCCCUCAGUUUUUCUGUCUCUUCCUCUGUCAUUCUUUCUCCCCUCUCUCUUUUUAUCUAUCUAUCUAUCUAUCUAUCUAUCUAUCUAUCUAUCUAUCUAUCUAUCUAUCAUUCUUUGCCCCCUUCCCUUUCUCAUUAUUCCCCCCCUCUCUCUCUCAUUCUUUCUUUCCUCUCUCUAUUAG